CGACCAGUCUUCACACUCACUCUCAGGACGACACUGGGCAGAAGAAACAACAUGGCUUUACGAAUGAACGCGUUCGUGGGACUUUUCCUGCUUUCUCUGACCUGGAAAGCAGCCUGGGCCAAGGUGGAGGUGAACAUGGAGGACAGAGUGGAGGUGUUCCUUGGGGACACGGCCCAGAUCACCUGCAUGUUCACGGUCUCAGACAACCACGAUGAUGUCAUUAUCCAGUGGUACAUGAUCACGAAGACAAACAUCCGCUCGAGGAUCUACUACGGAGACAAGAACAUACAGGUAGUCGACCUUGACGGGCAGUUCACAGACAAGAUCAGUCUGAACGGGAUGGGGAAGAGCAGCGAGGUGGCGCUGACCAUCAGGGACGUGGCGCUGGAGGAUGAGCUAGAGUUCAUCUGCCAAGUCAACGGAAUGGCAGCGGGUAACAUGGAGGGACGCACCAUGCUCAAGGUGUUCGCGUCACCUGAUCGUCCAAACAUUGAGGGGGUGCACUCUGGGAUCUCUGUCAGCAAUACGAACCCAUCUAAGAUAGGGAGCUGUGAGGCUAAGAAUGGCUACCCCAGGCCUAACAUCACUUGGUACCGUGACCAGAGCCCACUGCAGAACACACCAGGCGGUCUCACAGAGGUCAGUGUGAUGACCCUGGUCACUAAGGAGUCCAGUGGUCUGUACACUGUCCAGAGUGAACUUUACCUGAAUGUGGUCAAGGAAGACAAGGAUUCGUUCUUCUACUGCGAAGUCAGCUACCUCGUCCCUGGUGGAACCAAGAUGACGGAGACCAACAAGAUCAACAUCACUGUCCACUAUCCAACCACUUCUCUUGAUGUGUGGGUGGAGUCACCAAAGGGGCGUGUCAAAGAAGGGGACACAGUUGAGGUUCAUUGCCGUGCCAACGGGAAUCCUCAGCCACACUUUACAUUCAUGCACAAUAUGCAAGAGCUGAAAUCUGAGCUGAACGUAUUGGUCCUGAAAGACGUGAUGCGUCUAAGCAACGGCAACAUCACGUGUACAGCACUGGACCUGGACACAUAUGAAGAAACCGUAGGGCACACAGAGCUCUUCGUUGACUAUCUGGACCCGGCUGUAUUGAUUCCCAAAGACACCCACGUCAUGGCCCGGGGAGAGGAGCUGAUGGCCACCUGCAAUGCCCUGUCCUCCCUGCCCACACACACUGAAUGGUUCAAGAAAGGAGAAAAAGUUGCAGAGGGCCACACACUGACCCUGAAGGACGCUGUGUUUGACAUGGCGGGGACGUAUGUGUGUGUGGUGAAGGUCCCUUCACUGGAAGGACUGGAGACCAGAGGCUCUUUACAUGUCCACGUACAGGGACCCCCAGAGAUCAUGGAGUCAGCAGACACAGUCCUGGAGGAGGUCACAGAGAAGUUCCUCAACCUGAGCUGCCACGCUAGAGGAUACCCAACCCCUGUCAUCACCUGGAGCUCCUCUGACGAAUCACAGAUCCUGAAGGAGGUGUCCCACAGACAGACAGAGGACGGGGUUCUCAGUGUGGUGAGCGUCAAGGUGACCUCUGACAUCACAGCCAACUGCAACGCCUCCAACGUCCAUGGCACAGACUCCUUCCCCUUCAGCAUCAAAGCCAUUGUCCAAACGACCUCGUCAGAUCCCAGUACUACAGAGGGCAGCGGUGUGAUCAUCGCUGUCAUCAUCAUCUGUAUUCUCCUGCUGGCUAUCCUUGGCAGUGUGCUGUACUUCCUGUACAAGAAGGGCAAGAUCCCAUGUGGGCGUUCGGGCAAGCAGGAUCUUACCAAACCAAAUAAGGACAGCACUAUGGUGGAGAUGAAUAAUGACAACACGGAGGAGGCCGUGCUUUUAGGUGUCAACGGAGACAAGAAGCCCCCUAGUGACCAGGGUGAUAAGUACAUGGACGUGCAGAAGUGAGUGUGGCUGUGUGAAGGGGCGACUCCUGCAGCUGCUCCCAGUCCAGUUCACUCUCUCAGGGUGGGAUGGAUCCUUUGAUGCCUUUUGGCCUACAACUCCCUGGACAACCCAUCUGAUAUGUGCUGCAGUUCUCUAACCUGAUUCCCAGAUUCUUAGUUCUUUAGCAUUAUGUUCAGUCAUGUUUAGCAUUUGCAUAACAUAGAACAUGCAGAUCUAGGAUCAGCCUAGCAAUUUUUAUGAAUGGGCUUCUUCUAUGCACCCAUAAGACCCAGUUAGAGCACAAAAUAAGGAUGGUUUUAUAUAUAUAUAUAUAUAUACACACCUUAAUCCAAAUGCCAACUCAGGCAACCAAUCACUGAAGAUCAGCCUGGAACUGCUCUUUAUGAAGUGUACAUAUAUAUUAUAUCCUGUAUAUAUUUCUUUAUUUAAAAUAACCAAAGAAAAACCUUUUAAAAAGACAUGGCUAGUUUUGGUGCUUUUUUUGUUGGUCCAGGGCGUUAAGGCGCGUUCCUCUGCAGCAUAGUGGAGGAACGUGAACUAACGCCCUGGACCAGAGCUAGCUUUACUCUAGAGGUCCACCUGCUGUUGUUCUGCACGUGAUUGCCUGCCUUCACUUCCUACUUUGCUAAAGUCUGUACACUGAAACCAUGGGGCCAUGGGUGCCUAAUGACAGGCUUACCUACCAUGUCUACAUGUAUAUAGCCUGCUUCAUCUACCCAUGUAAACCAACAUCCAACCUUUAGAGCUAUGUUCUUAAAGUGGACUCCAGUAUUGGUCGUGACAUCACAUAUCAUUUAGCAAAUUCCGUUUGAGUUUAGUCUUUUAUUAUUAUUAUUAUUUUUUUUUACUUACCCCUGAAACUAACCGUACGCUUGUUUUUGGCUUUGUGAAUGAACACGUAAGGCCUUAUAUCCUCCUCUUAUCUUAUGAGAGAUGGGCCCUGUUUGAAUAUAUCCUUCCUGCUUUCCUUCAUUGGAGUAAUCGCUGAGCUGACGUGACUUGGAUAGGUGAAGGCCUAUCCAAAUCAGGUCAAAUCAGUGAUUUAUUAAUGGAAGAAAGAAUAUGUAGUGAAAUAUCCAGGAUUGGGUUCUUUUGUACUACGAGCCAAUAGCAGAGCUCCGAUGAAGCCAAAGUGUUAUUGGUUACUUUUUCUUCCAUAAACUGCUGUCUAGUUCUUGUACUGUUUGUAAAUAAGAGGUUAGAAUCACGCUGAUAUGUUUGCAGUUCGUAAACAUCUGUCUGCCUUAUACAUUCAGCCUCAUUCUACAAGUCACAGCUAGCAGAAUAGCUUACAUUCGUUCACACUUGUUUUAUCAUUCUUUGUGAAAAUAUCCAGUGCACUGAUUUUCUUUAGUUUGUUAAGAUAAUUUUUUGUCAUGUUUUGUUUGUUUUGAAUGUGGAUAUCUGGUUUAAGUUGGGUGAAGGAGUGUUUGCGUGUGUAAUGCGAGUGAAACGUUAGCUAGUUUUUGAUGAAAGGUAAAAUGGCUCUUUGACCUAGGGGAGAGUGGGGUAAAUUGAGCCAAAGGUGUAAGUUUAGCCACCCUUGUUUCCAGGAAACCAUACAUAAAACUAAUAAUUUGACCAAAAUGGGAAGAGGUCAUAAUUUCAGGGAGUCUGUGAAGGAAGAAACCACAUGUAAAAAGUGGUAAGCAAGUUAGGUCCAAAAAAACGUAUAUUCACCAAGUCAAAUGCAUUUGUGUUAGCGGGUUCAUGAUGCUUGUAUCUAAACCAAAGUAGAUCAUUUUAAGAUUGUUAUAUAUAACACACACACACACAUCAGUUGGGGUCUCUAUAAGCUUCAAUAUGAGGUCGUAAACCUAGCAUGAGGGCUAAUAUCGUCAAAAUGUUUGCUUUGGGGUAAGUUGAGCCAAUGGCAAGUUGAGCAAAUGUAAGUGUGUUUCUUCCCAGGCGUAAUGCCAGACAUUAUCGCUGGGAUAUGGGUUAACAGGACCUGGCCUGUUAAGUGUUUAAAAAAAUUAAGUGGUGUUAAAAGAUGCUUCAAAUUAUUUAAAAGAAAAAAACUAUUGUGAUCGUGUUGAAUUGUGUUCGGGAAAUAAAGUCAGACAUGUUUUUAAGAGAAGUAGCAGUAAUAUUUCAUUCAGUACAGAAAUGUGUAGUCGGCUUAACUUACGCCAUACGUACGUUGUGCCAAGAGACCACUUUCUUUGGACAAGCUGUUCUCAAAACUAAUGUUUACAUUAGUAUUAUUUCCAGGGACACACAACAUUCUGACAUACAUGUAGAUAACUUUGUUAGAAAGAACACUAUAUUUUCCUUGAUUGAGUGAUGCUAAACAUUUUUUUAAAAUGGCUCAACUUACCCCACAAUGGCAAAUAAACUAUAUUUAAAAUUCAAACAGGCACUCGCACAUCUGAGCCAACUUUGUUGCAGGUGCAUGGUAACAGUUGAAUAACAUGAGAAAAAAGAAGAAACCCGCAUACUGCUCUUGUUAGCGUCACUGCUCUUUACCAAGCGUUACAUAUUGGCCUCGAGGCCUUCGUCAGAGUAAAAAAUUAAAAAUGCUAAAAACCUGACGAAGGCCUUGAGGCAGAUACGUAAAGAGCAGUGAUACCAGCAAGAGUAGUGCGUGGGUUUCUUAUUUUUUCCCCACCAAUAUAAACCACAUGAAAGUCAUCUGAACAGGGACUAAAUGUGAAACUCUGAUAGUGUUUUACACAGAACCCCUCUGAAAUGCUAUGCCAUGAUACCUAGUAGUUUUCAUUCUGCAAACAAAAUUGCAAGAAUUUGUUUUAUCAGUUGGUCAGCCCACUAACAUUUCUACACCAGAGAAUGGCUCGAUAACAACACAACUCCUUAGUUUGAGCUUUCUUAAAAUCACAACAGGUGAGAUUCCAAGAGCUCGCUCAUGGCCAUGUUAAAACACAACCCAGAAGCUACUCUUAUUAAUAACUAAAGACACUACAGGUCAAAAAGGUGGUUUUGCUUAAGUCUGCAUCAAAUCAUUAGGGAUACCAGUUUUACUCGUGGUCCUCCCAAUCAAAUGUGUUACGGUACAAUCUGAGGAGAAAAGUAUGACAGUCAUCAAUCUUUGAUAGUAUGAAGUAAAAUGUAAGUUCUGUACUGUCUAAUUACAGCCUUCAAUAUCUCCCCUUUUCACAAUUUUUUUGUGGUUGAUAUUUUUGACAAGAACUAUCAGUGUUCUUUUUGAUAAUUAAAAAAAAUGGUUUGUAAUGGUCUAUGACUUGCAAAGACUGAUUAACUUCAGAACAGGUGAACGGAUUCCUUUUGUUUGUAAAAACGUUUUUUUAUUUUUAUUAGUAAAUGCCAAAUAAAAAUGCAUGUUCAAU